AUGUCCAAGCCUGUCUCAAGGCAUCAUCUGGUGAAAAGGAGACAGUGGCCUUCUGGAUGUCAACAGAAGCAAACAGCAGUGGUCCGUAUGGGUAUGCAACAAAGCGAGCCUUUAUGCAAACGAACAUUGGGAAAGAAACCGUGGCGUGCAUGUACCGGGGUACCUGGCGAGCACAGUAGGUCCAGUCAUUUUCUUGCCGCGACCCACAGGAAAUUGCUGCACAAGGAACACACAAAGUGGGCCCGAGAUGUUGUUCACUCGGUUUUCACUCCUCAUCAUGUCUGGCCCCUGUCUGACCAUUCCAUGUUCCCAUACUGUUUUUUCCAGCCUGUAUGAGGCGGAAAGCCCUCAAGUGACGCCAACUGCCCUCCAGACAAGGGGGUUUCUUUCUACCUGGGCCGAUCCCGGGACCCCAAACCAUCGCAUCUCAAGCUUCUAAAGGAAGGAGAGAAGGAAGGCGAGAAAACUCCAAACGCAUCCUGCGAGUGCAUCGUUCCUCUCAAAGAAUAGCCCUUGCCGGCUCCUCAGCAUUAGUACCUACUCACCAGCACACCGUCGUUUACCGGAAACACCUUCCUGUUUCCCUGACAUUCUGGUCUUUCAAGGCGGGUGUGUGCUAGGCCAGGCCAGGCCAGGCCGUGACUGCAAACCUGUCUUGUGAAUAGAAAAAAGGGCCCACGUAUCCGAGAGCAAAAAUGGCAGUCACUCUGUUCCAAGCCCUUUCGGCCACUGGCCUCAAAGCCUUUGCCUUUUUGCAGGCUCUCCUAUGGUUCCCCGCCGGUGUCUUUCGACAGGCACUCGCACUUCUUUCAGCAGCGACAUCCUCCCCCCACCGGCCGGGCUCGCCAACUCUUCCCCGUACCUCUGCUCCUGCUGCCGGCUCUCUUGGAAAUUGCAACAACACUGCCGACAACGACCAAGCCGACCUUCAUGCCAACCAAGAUAGCGACGCCGACAACACCGACUUGACAAUGGCUGGGGACACCUCCUCUGCCUCCUCGCGGCAGCAGCAGAUGUUGUCGAAGAAUGCACCUCUCCCCAAGGUCGUCCCGGCCAUGCCAAGGUUCGGCCCGGCCUCGUUGAAGGAGAAUGCCCCUGCGGCUUCUGCUGCCAACCCUGCCGUUACGACCAACAAUUCGACCGACGAGGUUGCCAACGGCGUUUCCCGCCUGAGCCUCCAGGAGAGUGCUGCUGCAAGCAAUCGUGUUCUUUCGGCUUCGGAUGGAAAUGCUGGUGCUGGCUCGACUGCCGCUCCCGCCGAGAAUGGCGGCACUGCGGCUUUGAGCAAGGGAAAUUUUGUUCAGUCCAACGGCGCUCUACCUGACAUCUUCGGCGGCGACGAGGCGCUGGCCACUCAGGAGGUGACCCGCGCUCCUGCUGUCCCGUUGACUCACAGCAUCUCGCAGACUAGUAAGCUGAAGGAGAUGCCGCCGCCUACGAUUCAACUCGGUGACGAGACGCUGCGCAUUCUGGAGAAGGAAGAGACACCUGAGCAGGCUGCUGAGAGGGCUGUUCACAGUGGGUUCAUGAGGGAGGCGUUGGAUAUGGCCCGACUUGCCCUCCGAACAAACGAAACACCGGUUGGCUGCGUGCUCGUGCACAACGGACGUGUCAUCGCCCGGGGCAUGAACGCAACCAAUGUCAGCCGUAACGGCACCCGUCACGCCGAGCUCAUGGCCAUUUGUGCCCUGUUGUCCUUCGCAUCCGAGGCCGACACCGAACCUGCCCGUCCUGUCAAGGCCAUCGUCCCUCUCGGCGACAAGACCAACUCCCAGCAGCCGGAAGUCGGCGAGGAAGAUGCUCUCUGGGGUGACGUUGACCCCCGUGAUGGGCAUCUCUUUCCUUACGGCCAGAAACUUCACCCGGCUCCGCGUGUUGAUCCCUCGGUCAUCCAGGAAUCCAUUCUCUACGUCACGGUUGAACCCUGCGUCAUGUGCGCGAGCCUGCUGAGGCAGCUCAAGAUCAAGAAGGUUUAUUUUGGAGCGGUCAACGACAAGUUCGGUGGGACGGGGGGUGUUUUCCGGAUCCACAAGAACUCGCCUCACUCGAUGGCGAGCGCGCCGCCUUCGCCCGCGCCGAGGAAUGGGAAGGGACUUGCGAGACCGGUGCUGGAGCGGAGGCCGGUGUCGAGUGCCGAUGUCACGACCGACGCGGCGAAGGCUGGAGGAGCGCCUGUGAUGGCAGGACAAGAAAGUCGGGAGGUUUUGAGUCCUGACGAAGAGGUGAAGGGGGGUCCGGACAAUAGUGUGCUCGACCCGAUUGACACGUCGCAUUUGCCGGGGGACGGGGGCAAUGUCGAGCGUGGGUAUGAGGCCGAGGGGGGGUGGGGGAGGGAUGAGGCUGUCACGCUGCUGAGGCAGUUUUAUGUGCAGGAGAAUAAUCGAGCUCCUGUCCCGAGAAAGAAGGAAGGCAGGGCUGCGAGGUUGGCGGCUAUGAUGGAGAGGGAUGGUCAUGCUGGGGGACCUAUGAUCGACCCCAACUCUACGGCUCCUCCGCCAGGUGACUGCAAUGGUGGGGCUGAGACGCCCGAAGCUGUUGGGACGCCGAUCAUGGAGACUUGUCCUCUGGCUGAGGAUGAGAAUAAGGAGAAUGAGGUUAUCACGGCUUGAGGGGUUGUGAUGAUAGCAUGAAUUGACGGGAGUGUGGGUGCAGUGUAAGAAUAUGCGAGGGAGGACGGAUUGCAUCACUUUGGAGUUUAAAAAUGAAAAUCAUCAUGAGGGCAUUUGGUAUUUGGGGACGG